AUGGGCCGUUUGAUUUUGGGAAAUCAAGUAGCAAAUCAUAUUAUAAAAAGAAUCAAGGAAGAAAUUGAUUUUCUCAAGGCGUCAAAUAAUCUUUCACCUGUUUUAGCUGUCUUACAAGUUGGACAUCGAGAAGAUUCUGAUUCUUAUCUUCGUGCGCAAACCAGAACAGCUCGCCAAUGCGGUAUCGAUCUGAAGACUUUUUAUCUUCAUCCCGAUGUCACAUUUGAAGAUAUCUCCAAGCAGAUAAGUAUUUUGAACAACAGUCCUGAUGUACAUGCAAUUACUGUCCAGCUACCAGUGAUUUCCAACAGCAACCUAAAUGUAAACGACAUAGUCAACCUGAUUGAUCCAAGCAAGGAUGUUGAUGGUCUUUCCAUUAACCAAACAGCUCGACUCUCAAAUGGGGAUUUUCGCUACUGGGAACACUGCCCAUUUCUUAUUCAUAUUCCAUGUGCAGCUGCUGCCUGUCUGCUUCUACUUCAAGAGACAGGAUCAUUAUAUCCUGGUGUUCGGAGUUUAAUUGUUGGAAGAGGAAAACUUAUCGGAAUUCCCGUUUCUAAUCUCCUUCUCUGGUCAGCAAACGCAACCUGUACAGUCUGCCAUUGUUACUCCCCAACCCUACCUGAAGAGGUACAAAGAGCUGAAGUUUUAGUUACUGGGACUGGACAGGCCAAUCUCAUCAAAGGUGAGUGGAUUCGACCCGGAGCUACAAUUAUUGACUGCGGAAUCAACACUCUGCCUGAUUCUGAAACCGGCAUCUGUGGAGACGUUGAAUACGAAAAAGCGAUUUCUCGAGCUAGAUGGAUAACUCCCGUACCAGGUGGGAUCGGACCACUAACUGUCGCUCUUUUAAUGAGAAAUACUCUCAAUGCCGCAAAGAAAUCCCAUGGUAUUCCCACCGAUCCCCCACUGGUCCAACCAACUGGAGUUCUUUUAAGCAAGUGCACAACACCAAAUUCAUAA